AUGGAGUGCAUAGUGGCGAGUGUCGAUCACAUGCGAUUUGAUAUCGAGAUUGCUCUUGAUGAGCAAUAUGGGGCUCUUCCGUUGCCUUUUACCGGCAUGGACAAAUCGAUUGCCGCGGUAUGUCAGUUUUAUCCACGAGGAACUUGCAUUAAAGGAACGUCAUGUCCAUUCCGGCAUGUUCGUGGCGAUCGUACAAUAGUAUGCAAACACUGGUUAAGGGGUCUUUGCAAAAAGGGUGAUCAGUGUGAAUUUUUACAUGAAUAUGAUAUGACAAAAAUGCCGGAAUGUUAUUUUUAUUCUAGAUUUAAUGCAUGUCACAAUAAGGAAUGUCCAUUCCUGCACAUCGACCCUGAGACAAAAGUCAGAGAUUGUCCAUGGUACGACCGUGGAUUUUGUAGACACGGUCCUUUGUGUCGACAUCGACAUGUCAGACGUGUUCUCUGCAUGGCUUAUCUAGCUGGUUUUUGUCCGGAGGGAUCGAAUUGCAAAUUUAUGCAUCCGAGAUUCGAAUUACCGGCCGUGCAGGAUAUGCAACCGAAAGAGGGCAAAAAAGUCAUGAUUACCUGCCACUUUUGUGGGGAGGGCGGUCACAAAGCGAUUUACUGCAACAAGAUGCCGCCUGACGUGCGAGAGGCUCAGGUCAGGCAGGAGAUUGACAACAAUUCUCACACGUCCCAUCAUCACAUGAACAUGCACAACGGACCGCCGCCGCCGCGAGGGCCGCAGAAGCCGCUCGAGGAAGUGACGUGCUACAAGUGCGGGCAGAAGGGUCACUAUGCAAACAAAUGUCCAAAGGGUCACUUAGCCUUUUUGAGUCAUGCGGGUAGCGGAAGUGGUGGACAGAAUCAGAAUUACAGGAGAUGAUUUUCUUCAUUUUAUUUAUGUAACAUGAAUAUUGUGAUGCUACCUUUUUUUUAUCUCUCAUUACUAUCUAUACAAAUUUCUAGCUCUCGUACAAUAAAAUAAUUUAUCAUACUUAACAUGUCAAUUGUCGAUUCAUCGAUAACUAACACUCUCGUGCCCCUCUUCUUCGUUUGUUUUUUUUUGCACCAUACAUAACAGCACCAAUAUCUAAAAGGUGAUGUAGAAAAUGAGAAAACAACUUGUAUAUAAGCGGGUACUUUAAUGCUAAAAUUCCUGCGUUAGUCAACUGUAACAGAUACUCGUCAUUCUAAAAAAACGAUAUAUACU